AAAAACAAGACAAGGGCAGCUGGACAACAAUAAUCCUUGUCUCCCUUUCAUUCUUCGCCUGGGAGCGCGUCCGGAACUUCCCCGAAGGACACGUGGGAAGCCGGCGUGUCAUUUCUCCUUAUAAAUGGGCCAGGACACACACCCGUCGCCAGUGCUUUGUCCUGUUUCCUCCCGGCAACUUUUUCUGGAAACUCUGCAACCUCUGGGACUCCUGAAGACUCUGUACUUCUGUAGUAUCUGAAGCCUCCGCAACAUUUGCGAAUUCUGCAACCAUGUGGUCGCUUAAGGUGGUCGUCGCUGUGCUCGUCCUGCAGUUGCUCUGCACCUGUCCCGGGAGCGCCGGCCAUUACAGCGGUAUGCAGCGUGGUUAUGGCGGCCGCACGCUCGUUGUGAGGAGGGGUUACGGUGGCGGGUAUGGUGGGUACGGCGGCAUCGGAGGUCUUGGCGCAUUCGGCGGCAAUGGCGGUUUCGGCGGGUAUGGUGGCUAUGGCGGUCUGUAUGGUGGUGGCUAUGGUGGCCUCGGAGGCUAUGGCGGUUAUGGCGGUUAUGGCGUCGGAUAUGGAUGGUAAAACCGACGUUAACUACUGUAGUUGCGGAUGACGGAAAGGAGAGAGUCAAAUAAACAUUUUGAGAUGA